GCGUUGCCGAGGACGGCGUGAACGUAGCUUGAGCGUUAUGAUGUGAGGAGGACAACAAGACGACAAACAUAAGAACAGGUUACAAAACACAUAUUCUGUGUAGUGAUAUAAAUGAACUAUCCUUGACAUGUCAACGUCGGGAGUGGGGUCGCACUGAACUUAAUUUUUUUCAAUGAUUUUUGAUUUUCACUGGUGUCCAAAGCAGACGACAUCCUGUCUACUUUUUUCCACUUUUGUCAUAGCAGAAAUAACAUUUCAGUGUGAUAGUGGGGACAUCUGGACCCCAAAAGAUAACACAAGGGUUAAAAAAAAAAAAACUAGUUACAGCAACACAUCUUUUAGGGUUUUUUUUUUUAUAUGUUAUAUUUAUUAUCUUGACCCAUUUUCAGACUGUUAAGCAAUGCUCGGCCCCAAUGAAAAGAAUGCAUGAGAAUGUUAGUGAUUUACAUCUAUGUCAGGUAUCUGUUUGGCUUGAAGGUUUUUUUUUUUUUUUUUUUUUUUCCUUUUCUGUUUUUGAGGCCACAAAGCUUCAGGACCAUGCAUGACUCAAAAUGCACGACUUGUGGCUUCCUGUCAAACAAACGCUCAUCCUGUUCACAGACAGUCUCACUCUGCAACUAUCAGUGAACUGUUGUGUCUUUCAGCAAAUCCUUCACUUUUGUCUGAUUGACGGUAUUCAUUCAGGGGAGCGCAACUAUGCCUGGAGCUGCUUUUGGGCUGUUUUUUCUUCAGCUUUUAGUCUCCGUUAUCCAAGGGCUCCAGGAUGUCAAUGUCAUUCCUGGCUCAACAGUGGAAGCUGUUGUGGGGCAGAACGUCAGUUUGCCAUGUAUCCUAGAAGAAGAUCAUACAUUCAAGAUCACUAUUAUUGAAUGGACAAAAAACGGAGCAACAAAGCUGGUGGUGUACAGUGUAGACUAUGGACUGCACCACUUUUGGACAAAUGUUACUGUCCAGAUUAAGAAAAGUAGCACAAACAAAAUGCUGGGCACCUAUCUAUACCUCCAAAAUGUAAAGAAAUUGGAUAGUGGAAAUUAUACUUGUACAAUUUCAAGUUUUCCUUCAGGUUCUGAUUUACGUGUAACAAGUCUAAUAGUCAAAGAUGAAAUUCAAAUCAUUUGCGAUGCUAAUGCAACUGUUGAGGUUCUCUACGGAGGAAAUGUCACCAUUGGCUGCACGGACAUUCCUCAUGCACAAUAUAGAUGGACCAAGGACCAGAGGCUGGUGUCAGACAAAGAAUUUCUGGAUCUCCGGUUGGUGACAGACGAUCAUGCAGGGAUUUAUAUUCUGACCGUUGAUGCUGGAGCCAAAAGCCUGCAUAGAGAGUUUAGCAUCAUUGUGCAAUCAGAAACCAGCUUUACCACAGAUGUCAUGACAGUUGCACCAGAGAACCUGACUGAAAUAAUUCACAGCAGCUCCACACCUCCAUCAACUACAGAGCUUCCAGCACAUGUCAACUGGACCACUCGUCCAGAUUCCAGCGAUGCUUUAGUCACUGAUUCUUUAGCCACAGAUGUUUCAGAAACAACAGAAGAGAAGACAACCCACUCUAUCAGCUUUACAUCUGCAAUGACUCCUGACAACUACUCGGAAACCAGUCAGCCGUUCAACUUUACUACAACAAACGCUGAUACAGCGUUAAUCCAAUCUACACUCGACACCACCACGGAUCAGAUGACAGAAGAACCCAUGUCUACCCAUGUGGACCCGACUACUAUUAACUCAACAGUCACAGAAGAAUCCAGCACCCUCAAUAGUUCUACAAUAAAAGUUAACCUGGAGUACACUCCGACUGUGAAUUCUCCUGAUGGGAAAGGUACCGCACGAGGUCAUUUGGUGUUGAUCAUCCUUCCAGUGCUGACAGUACUCGGUGUUUUUGGUUUCCUCUAUUGGGCACACAAAACAUAUAAAAGACAUAUGGAGAUGGAAGGUCCCCCUUCGUUCAAACCCCCUCCGCCUCCCGUCAAGUACACAGCUAUAAGACAAAACGAAACACCAACCCAGUUUUUCCCUACGUCAAGAUGCAAUUCAAUAGCAGAUUACCCAGAUAAUACGUGUGUUUAUUAAAAAAAGAACAUUCACAAGCUUUACGUCGGGUGUGUNNNGGGGGGGGGGGGGGGGUUCGUGUGUGGUUUCCUGGUUGGUUUAUUUGGUGCAGAUUAAAUGCAUUGCUUUUACUUGCAGGUUGUUUUAAAGUGCAAUUGCAGCCCAGCAGAAUGAACUGACAGGAAGUGAAAGAGAUUUACUUAUGCAAACAAAGUCUCUGGACAAUCUGGAUUGUAAAGUUAUUUCUUUUUUUUAAUCAUUAUGAAGAAAAUAAGGAAAAAAAAGUGCUAUUUUGUUCAUUGUGUACAAUAAUAUCAGAAUGUAUAAUAUUAAGAGAUGAAUGACGUAUAUUAAUUAUUUUGUUAAUGUUUUUUAUGGAACAACAUCUUAAUGAAAGUGUUGUUUUUUGUACUGUUACAUGUAUUUUCUGUCUAUAUUUAAUAAAAAUGUUUUCAAUGAUUUAACUAUAAGGUGGUUGACAACAUACUUGUUGAAAAAUAUAUAAAUCAUCAUCAUGAUUAUUUAUAUUACAUAUUUGUACAUCCAUUAUCCAGAUUUGUUCAUGUAUGCGUUUUUGUGUGCGAGUAACAAGAGAUUUUUGAAGAUUUCUAUGUGUAGUUAUUUUUAAGCUGUUGUAAUUUUCAAGUUGUACAUGUGUAAAUUGUAUAUUUUUUUUUAUUUUGCGAUCUCUGUACUUGUGCACAAAAUAUUUUGUAUACGUUACAAAUCAAUUACGCACAAAUAAAUCUAAAGUUACACACAAAUCGAGAAUCAUACACACAUAAAUUGGGGUGAGUCUAUUUUCUCUCCAUAUUUUAGAGAUUUAAAUGAAUAUGACGCCCCAAACUCUCAGCACACCCAAACUUGCCGCCCAGAAUUUUACCUGCACCCCAACCACACACUCUCAUUCACACUUAAGGGGCAACUUAGAUCAGUUAACAAAUUUUGCUACAUUUAAAAAUAUUCAUUUUUAUCAAAUUAAUUUUUUAAGUUGAGUAAAUCAUCAACUCAGAAUUUUAAUUUAAUGAAAACUAACAGUUUUAAAGUUAACAAUUUAAGAACUCUGAUUAAUUGAUCCAAUUUGGAACUUUUUUCAGUGUAGAAUGACCAGUUAAUCUUAUUUUUGGGCUGUGAGAAGAAGCCAGAGAGCACUAGGAGGACGUGCAAACUCUCCACGCAGACAGAACCCAGCCAGGAUUUGAACCAAGGCCUCCUUACCGUGAGGUGAGAGUGGUAACCACUUCACCACCAUGCAGGCUAUAUAUAACACACACCUACAGUGAAGUCAACAGAUGCUUUUUUUGUCAUUGGCUCACCUAAACAAGCUAAAGCUAAGAAUUAAAGACCUUGCUUGUCCACCACAACCACAAAGUGACACUCGUAUCGACAGUUUGGGGCUAACACCACAGACCACACAACAUCAAACAAUAGAUUUAUCUUUUUUUUUUUUGUAAUUUAUUAGCAUUUAAUUUUUUUUCUUUUUAUUCCACAUAGUUGCAAUUCAUGCAUGUAUUUGAAGUUCUCAUUUGACCACUUUAACAAACCAGUUAGUGAAUCACAAGUUCGUGCAGAAACAUUGAAUCUGUUAUAUUAACACGUUUGCCCAAACGUGCUGUAUAUCGUGCUAAAAAA